UCAAUUAGGUGUCGCUAUUGCAAGUGUACUCGGAGUUUUUACACGCUUAUUUGGAAUUUACACCUGAAAUUCAGGUUAAUAAGAAAUGGCAGCUGUUGAGGCUCGUAAAGUCAUUGUUUACGGAGGGAAAGGAGCUCUGGGCUCGAAAUGCGUCGAGUACUUUAGAUCUAAAAACUGGUGGGUUGCCUGCAUUGACAUAAAUGCAAAUGAAGAGGCGGAUUCCAACAUAACCGUUCAGAUGACGGACUCCUUUAAUGAGCAGGCAAAUAAGGUUACAGCUGAUGUAGGUGACCUCCUGGGAGAUAAAAAGGUUGACGCCAUUUUGUGUGUGGCUGGAGGUUGGGCAGGAGGAAGUGCAAAGGCCAAAACCGUGUAUAAGAACUCUGACUUGAUGUGGAAGCAGUGCGUGUGGACUUCCACCAUCUCCAGUCACCUAGCAACCAAACACUUGAAAGAGGGGGGCCUUCUAACUUUGGCGGGAGCCAAAGCUGCACUUGGGCCGACCCCAGGAAUGAUUGGCUAUGGCAUGGCUAAGGCUGCAGUACAUCAGCUGUGUCAGAGUCUGCAUGGUGACAAGAGCGGUCUUCCUGCUGGAGCUGCUGCCGUAGCCAUCUUGCCAGUUACCUUGGAUACCCCCAUGAAUAGGCAAUUCAUGCCAGAUGCUGAUGUCACUUCUUGGACACCACUGGAGUAUGUAGUUGAGUUGUUACAUAAGUGGGCGAUGGGAGAGGAAAGACCACCAUCCGGCACUCUGGUGCAGCUGAUUACGACAAACGGCAAAACGGAGGCAACACCUGUUUAAGUUUGUGUGUGUAAUGUUGACCAUGCUGAUAAAAUAAAAGUAAAAAGAACAAGCAA